AUGCUGAAACGAGAUGACGGUGCUGAACUCUCUGCCAUCCUGAAAGAUGAGCAGCCUGACAUCACAUUCCUGCAGGAGCACAAGUUCCAAGACAUACACGUCCCGAAGCACGAGCCUGACGUGUUGCGUAUAUUCGACGAAGCCUGUGCUGACAAGGGACCCCACCGUGCGACUUGGGCGGUCUCACUGCAGCGGAAAGGUUACUCUGGCACUUGUGCCAUUUACCAUUCCGAUGCCGGAGGAGGAGUCGUGGAUGCAAGCACCGGUGUAGUUGGCAAGGUUGAGCAGGCCGAGGGCAGGAGUGUUUCCUUGGCAUUGAACUGCGGGCUCACGGUGGUUGGCGUCUACGUCCCAAACUCCGGCCAACAACUGGCACGCCUGGCUUACAGAGUGAAUGAGUGGGACAAGAGCUUGCGCAGCUACUUGGGACAGGCCAGAGGCCGUGGUGGUGUCGUCUUGUGCGGAGACCUAAACGUCGCGCACCAGGACCUAGACAUUUGGAAUGCGGCUGAACCCCGGAUUCUGAAGCAAGCUGGCACCACAGCAGAGGAGAGGGCAAGUUUCAGCCGUUUCCUCUCGGAGUUAGACAUGGUCGAUGCUUUCCGCUGGUUGAAUCCUGAAGCUGCAGGCAUGUACACCUACUGGAGUCGUAGACAUAGACUGCGGCCGGUGAACAAGGGCCUGCGCCUAGACUACUUCCUUCUUAGCCGAUUUAUUGCUGAGGGCACGACCCAGGUCACUCUCCAAGACUGCCGUAUUCUGAGCAAGUAUGGUGGCAGUGACCACUGUCCAGUUGUGUGUUCCAUGUUCAUAUAG